AUGUGUACUAAUAUGCCUAGUGGUGUUGCUCUCAAUUAUAUUCUCUCCAAAGAAUUACUACCGAGUUCAGUCGAUGGGCGUUGUUUCAAUUCAGCUGAUAACAAGUUAUUGAAAUUCUUUCAUAGCCUUAGCAAUCUGUCAACACAGAUUCAUACGUUUGUCCUCUACAAUAUGAGAUGUUCAUGGUUAGCAUUGAUUCAAUUAGCUUUAUCUCUUCUUCAAUUGAUUGUUCUUCGUGUUGAUUAUACUCAAGACGAUCCUAGUGCUGUCAUUCAGUCUUUCAAUUAUCCAACACUUCCAAAUAUUGAUUUACAUCGACUUCGUAUAUUUAUAUUUGUUUGA